AUGUAUUCUCCAAGCUGCACCUAUCCGACAAAGUCUGACUUUGGUCGCAUCACUUCGCCGUUUUUCGCGGAGAGCGGCGCCGCUCUGCUGGAGUUCCGGGACAGCCGCUGUGAGCCCCGACAGCAGCGUCCUCCGCCCUGGAGAUGGACCGUCUACCAGGCGAGGCGACCCAUCACCUCCCCGCCGCCAUCCUGCUUCAGCUUACCGGGUGAAGCUGUUAACCACGAGUACCAUGGGGUCCAGUCGGAGGCGGGAUUCAGCACCACUAAUGACUGCUUUCUGUACGGCGCCUCUGGUGCUUUUCACGCACAUGCGUUUGCCGGAGCCCCGCGGAGUUUUUCCGGCAGAUACGCGGCGUUCAGCCCGGACUCACCGCUCCUCUUCCCGGUAGGCCGGAACAGACUCCUGCCGCCGGGUUUCGACCACCGUGCAGAAGAGGGGGUGGAUCCGAAAGCGAAGACGACACACUAUAGCCAACAGGAGAAAGAGACGAAUCAGGCCGAGUGGUCGAGCUGUCAGAGCGGGGAGAGCAGCGAGGUGAGGGCGGGGUCUGCGUCACAGCAGGCUGGGAGAGACGACGAGGACGCUGCGCCGUCAUCCAGCGGCUGUGGAGGAGACCACCGCCAUGCACCAACAGAGCCCUGUGUGCGCAGAAAGAAGCGUUGUCCUUACUCCAAGCCGCAGAUCAGAGAGCUGGAGAGAGAGUUUCUAUUCAACAUUUACAUCAACAAGGACAGACGAAUGCAGCUGUCCCGCCUUCUGCGCCUGACCGAACGACAGGUCAAAAUCUGGUUCCAGAACAGAAGAAUGAAAGAGAAGAAACUGAACAGAGAGCGACUGCAAUACUACGUUCCACAUGUUCCCAUCAACAUGUGA